UGAGGUUAUGUGCUAUGUUUCAUUGAUCUUGGUUUCAUUGGCUAUGUUUGCAACACGUGUGUAAAAAUAAACAAAUUUCUCUUAUAAAAAUUACUUGAAGGUGUUUAAACUUGUAGCACACAUAUUUCAAUUCCCACACAAAUGGCGCGCCAAGUUCGUAAGAAAAUCAAUGAACCCCAGCUGUCCACUAAGGAAAAAUUAAAGUUAAUCAAGAAAGAAAAGAAACAAAAACUUAAACAGAAACGAGCACGUUUGAUUGUGCGUAAUUUACCAUUUGAAGCAACUGAGGAAACAUUGAGGGAACACUUUGAAAAGUUUGGAGAGUUAGAAGAUGUGAAAAUCCUGAAGAAGGAAGACGGCAAGUUAGUAGGUUGCGGUUUUAUUCAGUAUAAGCUGGUUCAGAAAGCAGCCAAGGCCCGGCAUCAUUUACACGGCAAGCCAUUCUUGGAUCGUGAAAUAAAUGUUGAUUUUGCUUUGGGCAAAGACAAGUUUAAAAAUAAACAAAACGUUAAAAUUAAACAAGAAGAUGAGGUUAAAAUUAAAGAGGAGCCAGUUGAUCCUCCUGAGAUCCAAGAAACUGUGGAUGAAAUAAAAAAUGAAAGUGAAGGAAAUGAAGACAUUAAAGCUGAUAAAACUGAAGAGAACACAGUAAUAUCUGAUGAAGAAAAUGAGUCUGAAGAAGGUGAGGAUAUUGAAGAGUCAGAUCAAGAAGAAGUACAGGAAGAAGAAGAAGACAUUGAUGAACCACCAGUAAAGAAACCCAAAUUUGAAUCAAAUGAUGUGGUUGAAGGCAGAACUGUGUUUAUAAAAAAUGUACCCUUUUCAGCCACAAAUGAUGAUUUAAAAGAAUGUAUGAAACAGUUUGGGCCCAUUUAUUAUGCACUUAUUUGCGUUGACAAGUUUACAGAGCAUUCAAAGGGCACUGCCUUUGUUAAAUUUUGUAAUGUAGAAGAUGCUGAAAAAGCAUUAGCUGCUGGAACUGAGUUAACUUUGUUAGGGAACAUCCUAGACUGUCAACGGGCAUUGGCAAGGAAUGAAGUAAGGGAAAAAAAUUCAGCUAAAAAACAAGAUAAGACUGUUAUAAAAGAUUCGCGCAAUCUUUACUUAGUCAAAGAAGGAGUGAUUUUGGCGGGUAGUAAAGCAGCAGAAGGUGUGUCAGCUAGUGAUAUGGCAAAACGUUUACAGUUAGAACAAUACAAAACUCAGAUGUUGAGGAAUUUGAACAUGUUUGUGUCACAAGAACGCUUAGUAGUUCAUAAUUUACCAGCAAGUUGGGAUGACAAUAAAUUAAGAGAUUUAAUUAAAAAUAAUAGUCCAAAAAAUUCGUUUAUCAAAGAGGCGCGAAUAAUGAGAGACAUGAGAAACAUGGAUGCCUCUGGAGUUGGCAAAUCAAAGGAAUUUGGUUUUGUAACAUUUGCAAGACAUGAAGACGCAAUUGCAGCAUUGAGAAGUCUUAAUAAUAAUCCAAAAAUAUUUUCUGCACACAGAAGGCCUAUUGUUGCCUUUUCUAUAGAAAACCGAUCAAUGCUUAAAGCUAAACAAAAACGCUUGGAAAAGUCGAGAUUGAAGAAUCCAAAAUGUAAAGAUUUCGAUCCAAAUGUAAAAAAGACAGAUGAAGAAAAGAAACGGAAAAGGGAGAACACUGCAAACCUUGAAGAAGAAAGAAACUUUGUUGGUGUUGCUGCUAAACCGGGCGUGCAGAAAAUGAGGAGUAGAUAUAAUUUAAAAACGCAAGCGAAGCUACACCACGAAAAUCUGAAAAAAGAAAAGAAAAAGAACAAAUUUGCUAAGAAGACAUUAAAAGAGAAAAAACAAGAUUUCACCAAACAGCCAAAACAAAAAAUGAAUAAUAAGAAAGAAGCUAACGACCAAUUUGCCAAGUUAGUUUCAAGUUAUAAGAAAAAACUUUUAACGGUUGUACCAGAGGUCAAGAAGACGAAAUGGUACAAUUAAAUUUUGUGUUAUUUUUUGUGUAAAUAAUGACUUCGUAGUAAAUAUAUUUUUUUUUAUUUAA